AUGCUCCAACAAGAAGAAUCUCAAUCUUUUCAACGAAUAUCUGACACAGCAAAAACAACUGAAAGUUGUAAACAACACACACCAAAAACUAAGCUCGUAUUGCAACUCAACAAGUCUGUCAAUUCCCUGAAAGAAAUGCAGGAUCUAAAGAGCCAUUGCCACUUAUUCAAUUCUUCAAGUACCACUGCCCCCAUCAAUCUCACACAUUUGCCUCGUUCUCUGUAA